AUGUCAAAACAGAAUCUUGCUCACUUUAUUGAGGGGCUUAUUCAUGAUAAAAUGGAAGAAGCACUAGAUGUCUAUAGUGCAGACAAGCUGGGUAUUCCUGAUUAUGCUUUGGAAUCUGCUGGUGGUCAAAUCCAUGGUCAUUAUCAUUCGUUGACCUACGACACUGGAGCUUCAAGAAAACUCUUUGGUUUUUCCUUGUGGUAUGAUGGAGUACCACCUAGAGUCAUUCUACAGCCUGACAACACACCAGGAUCUUGCUGGGCGUUUGAAGGACAGGAAGGAUAUGUUGUUAUCAAGUUAUCCCAAGCUAUUAUUCCUGAAAUGUUCACACUUGAGCACAUCCCAUCCUCUCUGUCAACUAAUCAACAUGGAAAGAUACCCAGUGCUCCUAAAGAUUUCUCAGUUUGGGGAUGGUUGGAUAGUGAAGGACAGAACAGAAGACUAUUGGGAAAAUACAUCUAUAAUGACCAAGGGAAAUCACUACAGACUUUUAAAGUUGAGCAGGAGAAAUGUAACAAGGACUAUACAUAUAUAGAGCUGCGAGUGAGUAGUAACCAUGGCGACUCAACACAUACCUGUAUAUAUCGCUUCCGUGUCCAUGGCAAGCCUCCCCCUGGACCAGCACUACUGCCACCAAAAGUGCCAACUGAAACCUCCCCUGAACAGCUGAAACAAACAACAAGAUAG